UUAACUCACUGUCCUCAUGGGGCUACUCGACUGUAAUGACGUGUAAUGGGAGCUUUUGAUAUCGAUAUAAAUACAGCACAUGGGAGUGUCAGGAUCUACGCUAUCGAUGUUGAUACUUGAUAGGGGAAAUUUGUUUCAGCUGCUGCAAUCCAGUUCGCAGUCACAUCGGAUGACUGAAACGAAGAAGGCUCUUUCGCACUUAAAAAAUAGUGCCUGCAUACCUGCAAAUCAGGUACUGGCAUUGUGACAAACGAAGUGAAACCUGUGAAACACCAAAGGACUGUAAUCACCAGUCUGAAUGGCAGCCACCCUCAGGCCGUAUCUCACUGCCGUGAGACAUACUCUCACAGCUGCAAUGUGCCUAGACAAUUUUUCGUCGCAGGUUGUGGAGAGACAUAACAAACCAGAGGUGGAGGUGAGAACUAGUAAGGAGCUUCUUCUGACUCCAGUAAUUAUAAGCCGCAAUGAAAAAGAAAAGGUGCUUAUUGAGACAUCAGUCAAUUCAGUUCGUAUAAGUAUUGCUGUUAAGCAGGCUGAUGAGAUAGAGCGCAUAUUGUGUCACAAAUUCAUGAGAUUCAUGAUGAUGAGAGCAGAAAAUUUUAUUGUGCUAAGACGAAAACCAGUUGAAGGAUAUGAUAUAAGUUUUCUUAUCACUAAUUUUCACACAGAACAGAUGUAUAAGCAUAAGUUGGUUGAUUUUGUCAUACAUUUCAUGGAAGAAAUUGAUAAAGAAAUUAGUGAAAUGAAACUUGCAGUUAAUGCACGUGCACGAAUUUGUUCAGAAGAGUUCUUGAAGAGGUUUUAAUGGCGUUUACAUCUUACAGUAUUUGGCAGUUGAAUAGCAUUUCUUGUUGUUAGAUGACUUAUCUGAUGUAUGAGCUACAGCAACUAAGAUUGAUACGAAUUCUGCCAAGUCAUAUUCUUUUUUGCUGCUUUCCUGCACUCUGUGUGUGGGUGAAAAGCAGUCAGUGAUUACGAUUAUGAACUUUACUGGCUAAGAACGUGUUAUUAGGCUUUCUUUAUGUUUGCAGUUCUGACAUAAUAUGUAAGAAGGUGCUGUUUGCUGUGAUUCAUGUAAGGAAAUUUGCCUUGCAUGCAAAUAUAUUACCCACAAUCAUAGUGAAAUUUCAUGCAAAGACUGUUGUUUCAUAGCUCAUUUGUUUUAGAAUUUUAAAAAUUGUAAGAAAAAUGUUUUGUUAGUUCUGAUUUUGUUGCGAGAAAGCAACAGUGUAUGAGACAUUUGCAUUUGUAGAAUAUUUUGUUUUAUGUAAUACAAAGUAUGAUCCACAAAAUUGCAUGACCUAUUUUUUGUUAUAAACAUUGUUUACUUAUUAACACUGUUUAGUUUAUACUUCUAUAUUAAGGAGAGUACAGUUUGUUCCUAGAAGUCUCAUGUCAUCCACUUACCACAUUUUUGUAUGAAAUAAUUAAAAGUGGUUUUAUUGUAGAAA